AAAUCCUCCACGAUUCCGGUCCAUUUGCCGCUACAGUGAUUACACUCAUCUUCAAGGUUACGGAGAAGGACAGAGGAAACGUGAACAAACUUUUGGGGACAUUGCUAUAAGUACAACAGAUGCGUCCUCCAUUUCUCCAUGUCUAAUUAAUUUCAUGGGUACCACUACCACCUUUCCGCCUUCAGCCGUUUCAACCACCAGCAAAUGGCUGGGCUUCGUGGCGGCCGUGUGGAUUCAAUGCAUCUCCGGCAACAACUACACUUUCUCAAACUACUCCGACGCCCUCAAAUCCCUCAUGCACCUCACUCAGCUCCAACUCAACAACCUCUCCGUCGCUAAAGACGUUGGCAAAGCCUUUGGGCUUCUCGCGGGCCUGGCCUCCGACCGCUUCCCCACUUGGGCCAUUCUCCUCAUAGGCUCCGUCGAAGGCCUAAUUGGCUACGGAACCCAAUGGCUCGUUGUUAGCCAAAGAAUUCAACCCCUCCCCUACUGGCAGAUGUGUGUGUUUCUGUGCAUGGGAGGGAACAGCACGACGUGGAUGAACACUGCCGUUUUGGUAACAUCCAUUCGGAACUUCCGUUCAAACAGAGGACCCGUUUCGGGCAUUCUGAAAGGCUUUGUAGGGUUGAGCACUGCGAUAUUCACUACUCUCUGUUCCGCUCUCUUCGCCGACGAUCCUGGCUCCUUCCUCAUCAUGCUCUCUGUCAUUCCCUUCGCAGUUUGCCUCACCGGUGUGUUUUUCCUCCGGGAGAUUCUUCCCGUCGCCUCCGCCGACGCCGACGCCGAGGAGGUAAAGUAUUUCGGCGUCUUCAACGUCGUGGCGGUGGCAAUGGCGCUUUUUCUGUUGGCGUAUGGGUUCAUCCCCAGCCCCAGCAUGUUGGUGUCAAGAGUGUUCGUGGCGGUUUUGGUUGUUAUGCUGGUUUCGCCGUUGGGGAUCCCGGUGUACUCGUACUUGAAGGGUAGCUUCGGAGAGGGGAAUGACGUGGAGGGGCAGAGGGUGAAGGAGCCGUUGCUUCAGAUUCCGGAGAAGGAGAACGAAGCUGUGGCGGCGGAGAUAGUGAAGAGGGUGCCGGUGGUGGGUGAGGAGCACACGAUAAUGGAGGCGCUGAGAAGCGUGGAUUUUUGGAUCUUGUUCGUGUCGUUUCUGUGUGGGGUUGGAACGGGUUUGGCAGUGAUGAACAAUAUGGGUCAAAUCGGGUUGGCUCUCGGAUACCCAGAUGUCUCGCUCUUUGUGUCGCUUACAAGUAUUUUCGGGUUUUUUGGACGGAUCAUCUCGGGUACUGUUUCGGAGUUCACCAUCAAGAAAGCUGGAACACCUAGACCUCUUUGGAAUGCAGCAUCUCAGCUUCUAAUGGCUGUAGGUUACAUACUCCUGGCCAUGGCUAUGCCAGGUUCCCUAUACAUUGGGUCUAUUUUAGUUGGCAUGUGCUAUGGAGUGAGGCUUGCCAUUACAGUCCCAACAGCCUCAGAGUUAUUUGGACUCAAAUAUUAUGGUCUCAUAUACAACAUUCUCAUCCUUAACCUUCCCUUGGGUUCUUUCCUUUUCUCUGGUCUGCUUGCUGGCAUACUCUAUGAUAUGGAGGCAACUACAACAGAGGGAGGAGGCAACACGUGUGUUGGAGGUCAUUGUUACAGGCUAGUCUUUGUUGUCAUGACUGGAGCAUGCAUUGUUGGCUUCUUCUUAGACAUUCUGUUGUCAAUCAGAACCAAGAAUAUUUACACCAAGAUUUCCAUGAGCAAGAAAUCCCUAGCAACAUCCAAUAGGCAGUGAUUCAGAAUGGUAUGACAUUCCUGGGAUUGAUGAACUUUAUGCUCAAGUGAUAUCUCAAGAUCUGUCAGCAAGGUGACUUAUCCUAUCAGAUAGUUAAAACUCAUUUUUUCAAUAAAGGAGGGCCGUUUGUCAUGUACUGUAAUUUUUAUUUAUUUAUUUUUAUGAUGUGUUUGGAAGGAUCAGUGAGAAUUCUUUUUGUUCCAUAUGGAGAGAAGUGCAUUUAGUAUCGUGAGAGUUUUUUGAUAGAUUAAAAUAUUAUGCUGUUUGUUUAUGAAUUAGACUGGUGUAGUGGUGUUCUUAGCUGUUUUUUUCGUACCAGUCAGUGUUGUUUGGCUAUUAGCUACAGUCACUAGUCUAUGUCCUAAGUUUGCAAGUGGCCAUCCUAAUGUUGCAGCAAUCUUUGGCAUUGUAACAUGUGUUAUUGGCAAUAUGUUCAAUGAAGGAGGCAACAGGUGCAAUUGAUGCA